AUGGAGAGUGGUCAGUCCCCGUCACCAGUGUACGAGCAGGAGAGUGAGGCGGAUUUGUCCUUGAGAGUGCUGGGUCACUCGAUGGAAGAGCCAGAACCAUGUUCAUUCAACUUACGUCUUAUCGAGGCUGUUCGUAGCAGUCGCUGCCUUUAUGAUGCCAAGGAUCGUUUGUAUCGCUCAGCGGAUCAUAAGAUCAAAGUGUGGAAUCGGCUUGUACAGAUAUUGCAAUUUGAUGGUGAUGCUCGUACAUUAUAUAAUCGUUGGAAGCAGCUGCGUGAUAAAUAUGGAAAAGAGAAAAAGAAAUUAAAGUACGGUGCGGAACAUACUGGAUGGCAAUACUUUAAACACUUGACCUUUUUGGACCCACAUAUGAUUGACCGACAGCAGCAACAGUUUGCCCGUGCUAAAGACGGCAAAGGAGUUAUGCUUUCACCUGGAGGAACUCCGCAUCAUAUCGUGAUCAAUGAUCCGACCUUCUCGCUAUCGUUAAUUCAAGAAGUGCAACAACAUCCAUGUCUUUAUGAUAUCAGAGAUCCCAAAUAUAGGCAUUCCGAAUGUCGAAAUCAAGCAUGGGCUGAAAUUAUCAAGAAUUUGGAUUUUCCAGGAGACAUUAAUUCUAUCUAUAAGCAAUGGAAGAAAGUGCGUGAUCGCUAUGUAAGAGAGAAACGAAAGAUACGGAUGUCAAGUGCAAAUGGUGGUGAAGUAGAGGAGUCGCAGUGGGAUCUGUUUCCUCAAAUGAUGUGGAUUGAUCCAUUUUUAGAUGACCGAGCCACGCAUUAUUCAAGAAGUGUCAAACGAAAACAUGAUAGUGAAGAGUUGUCCGAAGAUGGCUUUUUGGAUGACUUAGCAGAUAGUGCGCACGGUCAGCACAGUGUCUCGCAGAACCAGCCACUAUAUUCUUCAGUACUGUUCCCGGGAGGAAUGACUACUGUUAAAACGGUGCAGGGUACUCACAGAGAAGCAGAGCGGGCAACAAUGGUCACACGAAAUUUAUCACUGCAGCAACGUGAUAUGAAUGCUGUUGAUGGUGACAAAGCAUUUGCAUUAAGUGUAACAGCUGAUAUGCUUGCACUUCCGGAACAUGCUAGGGCAAUCGCGAAGGCUCAGAUUCAGAACUGGCUUGAUAAUUCUAGGCUCUCGCAGCAGAUGCAGUUUGAUUCUAAAUAA